GCGCAAAAAUAGAGGCGGGGCGCCGCGCAGGCGCAUAGAGACAUUUAACUACAUGCAAUUCAAUCACUCCUCUCGGACACAGCGGCUAGAGUGAAACAAAUCCUGCGCUCAGCAGAGGAACUCUUCCAAAUGCAGGCAGCAGCACCUUAAUCCUACAGAUCUUGCUCUCCGUCUCGUAUCAGAUCGACACUAAACCAUUGCAAAUUGAAAAUGGGUUAGAGGGGAGAUGUCUGGAUUGUUCACGUACACCACUUUGAAAAGAUGGGGAGCUGGGUUUUUAAUAUUAAUGCAGAAGAUUAAAGAAGAAUAAAAAGUACAAAGACUGGAAUUGUUUCUUUUUUUCUUUUUUCCUUUACUUUUUUUUUGAGAAAUGAUUGUAGAGUUAGUGUGCAGCGCUGUGGCUGUUGUCCUCAAUUUGAAUACACUGGGUGCUGAUUUCUGCUACGAUGACAGCCGUGCUAUCAAAACCAAUCAGGACCUGCUACCCGAAACUCCCUGGACACACAUUUUCUACAAUGACUUUUGGGGGACCCUGCUUACCCACAGCGGCAGCCACAAGUCCUACCGCCCACUGUGCACUCUCUCCUUCCGCCUUAACCACGCCUUGGGGGGCCUGGACCCCUGGGGUUACCACCUUGUCAACAUUCUGUUGCAUUGCAGUGUCACCGGCCUCUUCACCCGCCUCUCACGGCUCCUUCUUGGGGGCGGCUACUGGACCCUGAUGGCGGGGCUACUCUUUGCCUCACACCCUGUGCAUACAGAAGCUGUGGCAGGGAUUGUGGGCAGGGCGGACGUUGGCGCUGCCCUAUUCUUCCUGCUUUCGCUGCUUUGCUACAUGCGAUACUGCUCCCUGAGAGGGCACUCUGCCCACUGCUGGCCGUGGUUGCUGGGUAGCUUUGCCUGUGCGGCCUGCAGCAUGCUGUGGAAAGAACAAGGGGUCACUGUCUUGGCCGUCUCUGCAGUUUACGAUGUCUUUGUGUUCCACAGGCUCAAAUUUCAUCAGGUCAUCUCGCUUAUUUUUAAGAAAAAGAAUACCUCCCUGCUUCUCAGUGUGAGCUCCUUGGCCGCCUGGGGUACCAUCUUACUGGCGGCCCGCUUGUACUGGAUGGGCAACAAGCCACCCAGCUUCUCCAGCUCGGAUAACCCAGCAGCUGACUCAGACAGCCUCUUGACUAGGACUCUGACAUUCUUCUAUCUGCCUUCCGUCAACGUGUGGCUGCUGCUGUGCCCGGACACCCUGAGCUUUGAUUGGUCCAUGGACGCCGUGCCUCUACUCAGGAACGUUGGCGACUGGAGGAACCUUCACACUGUGGCCUUUUAUGUUGGAUUGCUGCUCCUGGCUUGGGUCAGCCUCAGGAGUCCUUCAAGGGUUGAGGAGACCAAUGGGAAAGCAUAUGUAAUGAACGGGAAGCCUACAAGCAUGAACGAGAAGCAUAUAGGCACAAACGGGCACAGUUGUAACCCAGACAUGGGACUCCCAAACUCAGAGUCUCAUCCUGUAAAAAGUACUGAGAGUGGUAUAAAGAAUCAUGUUAUUCCAAGGACGCCACUGCCCACCACAAAAAACAUAGUGGUCUUCUCUUUAGGGCUAUUGACAGUGCCCUUUCUCCCUGCCACAAAUUUGUUUUUCUAUGUGGGUUUUGUAAUAGCAGAGCGUGUACUCUACAUACCCAGCAUGGGCUUCUGCUUGCUGGUGACGGUGGGCAUGAGGGACCUUUACAUCAAAUUCCGGAGGAGGUUCUUGAAGAGCCUACUGUUGUACUGCACUGCCACCUUGGUCCUUUUGUACGGGAUAAAGACAGUGUUGAGGAACCAAGACUGGCAAGAUGAGGAGAUGUUAUACAAGUCAGGGAUAAAUGUAAACCCAGCGAAAGCGUGGGGUAACCUUGGGAAUGUCCUCAAAAGCCAGGGCAAGAUGGCAGAGGCUGAAAAGGCCUAUAGAAACGCCUUGUACUACCGCAGCAACAUGGCUGACAUGCUGUAUAAUCUAGGUUUGUUGCUACAAGAAAACAACAGGUUCUCUCAGGCACUGCACUACUAUAAGCUGGCAAUUGGUAGCAGGCCUACAUUAGCUUCUGCAUACUUGAAUACAGGGAUCAUCCUGAUGAACGAGGGAAGGCUAGACGAAGCCAAGCGAACGUUCCUGAUGUGCGCUGAAAUCCCAGAUGAAAACCUGAAGGACCCUCACGCACACAAGAGCUCUGUAACCAGCUGCCUCUAUAACCUGGGGAAGCUCUUCCAUGAACGAGGGCAGCAUGAGGAGGCCCUGUCGGCAUAUAAAGAAGCAAUACUGAAAAUGCCAAGACAAUUUGCACCACAGAGCCUAUACAAUAUGAUGGGAGAGGCCUACAUGAGGCUAAACAAACUGACAGAAGCUGAACACUGGUACCGGGAGUCGCUGCGAGCCAAGCCUGACCAUAUCCCAGCUCACCUCACGUAUGGAAAGCUACUGGCUCUUACAGGAUAUAAGCUUGAAGCAGAAAGGUACUUUUUGAAGGCAAUUCAGCUGGAUCCCACAAAGGGAAAUUGCUAUAUGCAUUAUGGUCAGUUUUUGUUGGAAGAAUCCCGCUUGCUCGAAGCAGCUGAUAUGGCAGGGAAGGCUGCACAGCUUGACAGCACAGAGUUUGAUGUGGUCUUUAACGCAGCCCAUAUGCUCAGACAAGCCAGUCUCAAUGAAGCAGCUGAGAAAUAUUAUCAACUUGCAGCAGGCCUAAGACCCGAUUAUCCAGCUGCCUUGAUGAACCUUGGGGCCAUCCUCCAUCUUAAUGGAAAACUACAAGAUGCAGAAGUAUAUUACCUCCAAGCACUUCAACUCAAACCAGACGACGUCAUCACUCAGUCCAACCUUCAAAAACUGUGGAACAUCAUGGAGAAACAAGGGCUAAAGACCUUGGGCACAUGACACAGGCAUUGAAGUUGAACAUUAUCCAUGAAGGGAAAAAAAACCUAUAAAAAGAAAUAGGAAGCCACAUGAUGGAUAUCAUGUGCUAAAUCAGCCCUCCUAAAGGUGUUAAAAUAGCCCUCCCUAAUGAGAUCUUACCAUGGGAUACAGUAUCUUUUAAAUUAUCUGAUAGACUUUAGCAGGAGCCACAAACAGUGUGUAAAACAGGCACACUUCACUUGAAGCAGGACAUUGCUGUACACUUGAAAUCUUGUGGUAAAGCUCAUAGGGGUUUACAGUCAUUGUUUAGUUCUCUUAAGACAUUAACUAUCUUGGAAAGGUGAAAGACUGCACAAAACAUAGAGAGCUGAAAUGAAACCCCCAGGAGUGCGAUAGUAAACUUAAGCUUGUCUCUGUAAUUCAUCUCAAAAGCUGUGGUUUUGUGAUGUCAAUAGAUAGCUUGAUAGUUUUUCAUUGGCAUCACAGGCAGCAUGUCCUGAAAAAUGUAUUUUGCCAAGCCUUUACACUAACACUUAACUAACAUGAACAACAUCAAACUGUACCACAUUGCACGGAUUGCUUGUGACAGCUCUCUUCAUUGUACUCCAAACAGUAAACAGCUGCCGUUACAAGGAGAGCUGUAUUGGGGAAGUGCAUAAUCUCCUUGAAAAAACUGAGGGAGUUUAGAGUUUCCCAAAUUAUUAUGGCAAGGAAAGUAAAAGCAUGAAUCUCCCAAAUUAUUAUAGCAAGGAAAGCAAAAAAAAAAAAAAACAUGAGUUAUCCCUUGUAGAAAAUGAUAUUCCAGCUUGUGUCACAAAAUUACCUUUCACAAAAAUUGAAUCAGGGGUAUCAGACGUGUAAUAAUGGAAACAAAUCAAAACUUUGGCAUACAAUUACAUUGCUAAAUUCAAGUAAUAGUUUGUGGCACAACUAACUUGAAUUUAAUUUUAAAUAUUGCAGCCUAACAAACUAAAAGUGGAAGUUCUGUAUGAGUAUCAGUAUUAAAGUAGUGUUUUACUGUUGCCUUUAUGAAGUGUUUGCAACCUCUACUUGGACAGUCAAAAAUAACCCUAUAGGUUUAAGUUGUAAAGGAAUGGACACAGUUCAGAGGUAUAAUAUUACUGAGAGGGAUUCUGUCUCAUAUUUUAAAAUUACUUACAUAUAAAUAACAUGCAUUAUGUGGCCUUGUUAUGUUUACUGUUAGCAUCUGAUACUUAACAGUGCUUACACUUUGUACUGUUUGUAUGAAGAUUCUCCAAUGGUUUGACACAGGACUAGACAACAUUUUUGCCGUGGUCGGGUGUUGCAGUCUGAUUUGACACAGAACCCUGCAAUACUAUAAAAAAACAUCAUGAAUACAAGGACAAAAAAGUGUCAAGCUUAGACAGAAAAUGAGGGUAUUAUCAUUUAAUUUAAAUAUGUAUUAAAUCAGAGACAGUAUUGAAAAGGGAAUAUGUAGGCAAUAUACCUCUGUACUCACACAUCCAAGCAACGCGGGUUGGCUGGGUCUGUGAAGCUGAAGGUUUGACCUCUAUCCUUAUGUAGGCUAUAUUAAUGUAUAGAUUGCUUAAAACCUGACUACAGUAGAGUCUAAAGCCAUGACUGAUUACAAUUCUAACCAGCUGUACAAAUCUUGCACUCAUUUAAUAAUGCACAAAUCAUAGAACUAUUUUGUGUACGUAAGGGAUUCUUUAAAUGUAUUUUCUUUUUCAUUGUUGUUAAAUUGUGUUCCUGUUUAUAAAAACCAGAACAAAACAAAACACUUUAAUAUAUAAGAAGACUGCAGUAUAUUGCAGCCACAGUAAGUCAAAUUGAUCAAGGGCAGUGAAUCUUCAAGGUGAGAUAAAAAAAAUAUAUAGAUUGAAAUAGUAACCCAGUAUUUAACUUAUUAUGAGAUUGCAUUGUGUUUUGUGCUUGCUGAAUGGCUGGCUGUGCAAUUAUUGCAUUAGAUUUAUUUGUAUUUUUUGUUUUAUUUUUGUCAUUAUUGCUUUUUUAAAUGUUAUGUUAAACUUUAACAUCUGUUAACAGAACGUCCCCUUGAUUACAAAAGUAACCAAUUUUGCUGAUACCUUUGUUUUCAUUACAACAGUAGAAAAUAGAAUUUGAUAGUGUUUGAGCUGCAGUUUGGCGUCAAUGGCAACCAAAGUCAACUAACGAAAUUAGACUGGUUCAAAUAUAUUAAUGGUCCCUGUUGAAUUUCCCACAGGGUGUCCUUUGGAAUACAUAACCUUGGUAUUAUGUGAGCAACUGUAUAUAAUACUUUCUACUCUAUUUAUAUACCAUAUUCACUGGUGUGUGGUACUAUUUAUUUAUUAUACCUAAAGUACAAAGAGCUCAAAAACAAUUCCUAUAUAUCUUACCUAAUAUGUAUUGUCAUAUUUAUUUUCAGAGAUAUAAAGAACAUCAAAAUAAAUUAAACAUCUACACUCCUAAUGUCAGAAUGAAAAAUAGAACAGUCCCACACACUGUAUUUUGCCAAAUCUCACUUUUUUUUAUUAUUUUCUUUUAAAGAAUAAAAAAGGGAGAUUUGGCAAAAUACGGAGAGAUAUAAAGAACAGAAUGUACCGAUCGCUCCUUGCAGAUAUUUCAGUGAUGCAGUCCUGCAGGGUUCCUGCAUUCUGCUCCAAGAGGUCACAUGAAGCAAAGCAGAAACUUGUGAACCCUAGGAAAAGCAACGCUUGGUUAUGGUACUGAAAGCAUGUCAAAGCGUGAGGCUUAUUGGAGUUUGAAUGUAAAACUCCCAGAAGUAAACCCCUCCGUAACUAAUCACUGUCCAAACGUGUUUUAUAGUAGAGAAUCUGACAUAUAUGAAGUGAUGGGAAUUAGGUAAGAACUAUUUUGUUAGCUUUGUGUACUUUCAUGUGUCUGUAGUGAACCACUUAAUUUUUCCAUGCCAACAAAUAAAUAAGCAAAUAAACCGAAAUUAUUUAAUCUCUGCAUAGAAAAGACCUUAAUGUUUGUCAUGUUUAUGCUUUUUGUUUGCUGAUUUGUUUGGUUUAUUGUACUUGACAGGGGACAACUGCACCUGUGAUUGUUCUUUCAAAAAAGAAAUGUUAGAAUUACAAUCCCCCAUUGUCAACAUCCAAUGUUACCCUCUCAUGAUUACAAUAAGCAUGCACAACACUAUAAUCAGAAAGUGAUGUAUGCCCUAUAUAUGCAGAUUUAUUUGUAUUCCCUCUCCUUUGAACUGUGUGUGGCUUUGGUCACUUUAGAGUUUGUUAAUACACAGCUCCACAAUUCUGUAAUUUUCUACAUCUAAUGGAAUAUCAAUAGUCUUCAUGUGUGGCUGUAGCAGUGUUUUCAUCAAUACUAACACUGUGUUGUACAUAGCAAUGAUAGCUGGGUCUGUCACAAAGUGAAACAUUUAACCUAACCGGCGCUGUGGGCUACCCACAGCCCUGCUUCGAUAUAACUUGCAAAUUCUUCUGGUGGAGAAGCUAUUUAAAAUAAUGUUAAGUGUUACAAUAUGUGUCUGCUCAGGGAUUUCAAAUGGUGGCUUAUUGCAGACAGUGCUUAAAUUAAAAGACAGUGCUAAAUUAAAAGUUUUAUUUUUUGAAAAUUGUUGUAUUUGUAUAAAUUAUCGGGAUUUGUAGGCUUUACUUUUGUAAGACAUAAGAAAAUUAUUAUGUGCCAGAUUAGACUUUCCCAAAUGUUCUUUUUCUACAAUAAAGCAAUGGUAGCUUGCAUUCA